AGACAAGUUGAUGAUUGUGGGACAACUGAUUAGCUAUUUAAAUAGAAGAGUCUAGGAUACAGGUGCACCAGUAUCAGCUGCAUUAUUGGAUCGGCACCAGUAAAAGGAAAAUUUAACGUUGUUGGCAACUGACUUCUUUUGGCCAGUGUAGUUGAUAAUGCCACCAAUUAAAUACUGUGUGCAUGUGCGCAGCUGCAGCAUGCAGGCAGCCUGGAAUGCAGUCGUGCAGCUUGGAGAGCAGUGUCCUAGUGUCCUGCUGCAGCCAUGCAGCAGGUUUUGGAUAACCUUACGGAUCUACCCACAUCAACAGGAGCUGAAGAAAUAGACCUUAUUUUCCUCAAAGGAAUUAUGGAGAACCCUAUUGUAAGAUCACUUGCUAAGGCUCAUGAGCGACUGGAAGAUUCUAAACUCGAAGCUGUCAGUGACAACAACCUGGAGUUAGUGAAUGAAAUUCUUGAAGAUAUGAGUCCUUUAAUAAACAAAGAUGAAAAUAUUGCAGAAUUAGUUGGCAUACUUAAAGAACCUCACUUUCAGUCACUCUUGGAAGCCCAUGAUAUUGUGGCGUCAAAGUGUUAUGAUUCCCCUCCUUCUAGCCCAGAAAUGAAUAAUUCUUCAGCGAAUAACCAACUAGUACCAGUAGAUGCCAUUCGUAUACUUGGUAUUCACAAAAGAGCAGGGGAGCCACUGGGGGUUACAUUUAGGGUAGAAAAUAAUGAUCUGGUAAUAGCGCGAAUCCUUCAUGGUGGAAUGAUAGAUCGACAAGGUCUUCUGCAUGUAGGUGACAUCAUUAAAGAGGUCAAUGGCCAUGAAGUUGGAAAUAAUCCAAAAGAAUUGCAAGAACUACUGAAAAAUAUUAGUGGUAGUGUCACACUGAAAAUCCUGCCCAGCUAUAGAGAUACUGUUAUUCCUCAACAGGUAUUUGUGAAGUGUCAUUUUGAUUACAAUCCAUUCAAUGACAACCUGAUCCCAUGCAAAGAAGCAGGUUUGACGUUUUCUAAAGGAGAGAUUCUUCAGAUUGUAAACCGAGAGGAUCCAAAUUGGUGGCAGGCUAGCCAUGUCAAAGAAGGAGGAAGUGCAGGCCUCAUUCCUAGCCAGUUCUUGGAAGAGAAGAGGAAGGCAUUUGUUAGAAGGGACUGGGACAAUUCAGGCCCUUUUUGUGGGACAAUAGGUAGUAAAAAAAAGAAAAAGAUGAUGUACCUCACAACCAGAAAUGCAGAAUUUGACCGCCAUGAAAUCCAGAUUUAUGAAGAGGUAGCCAAAAUGCCUCCUUUUCAGAGGAAGACGUUGGUCUUAAUAGGGGCCCAGGGAGUUGGUCGAAGAAGCUUGAAAAAUAGGUUUAUAGUAUUGAAUCCUACUAGGUUUGGAACUACAGUGCCAUUUACUUCACGAAAGCCAAGAGAUGAUGAAAAAGAUGGGCAAGCAUACAGGUUUGUGUCACGAGCUGAAAUGGAGGUUGAUAUUAAAGCUGGCAGGUACUUAGAACAUGGAGAAUAUGAAGGGAACCUUUAUGGCACCAAAAUAGAUUCUAUCCUUGAAGUGGUUCAGACUGGAAGGACAUGCAUCUUGGAUGUAAACCCACAGGCCCUGAAAGUAUUGAGGACUUCAGAGUUUAUGCCCUAUGUCGUAUUUAUUGCUGCUCCAGAGUUAGAAACACUGCGUGCCAUGCAUAAGGCUGUUGUGGAUGCUGGAAUUACAACAAAACUUCUAACUGACACUGAUUUGAAAAAAACAGUUGAUGAAAGCGCCCGGAUUCAGAGAGCAUACAACCACUAUUUUGAUCUGACCAUUGUAAAUGACAAUCUAGACAAAGCCUUUGAGAAACUACAGACUGCUAUAGAGAAAUUAAGGUUGGAGCCACAGUGGGUCCCAAUUAGCUGGGUAUACUGAGAGAUUUCUGAAGAUGGUCUUAAAUAAAUGAAAUAGCUGCAACAAGCAUUCUGCUGAGAAGACACGUAGAAAAGAUGACUGCAGCACCCAUGCAUUUUUACUCUGUGUAUAUUCAAAUGGUACACUAUUCUGACUUUUUAUAUAAAACGUUGAAGGGAAAGUGUACUUAAAUAUGUAACUUAUUUUAAUUUUUCUAACUUUUUACAGAUAACCUUUCUAUUCAUAUCACAUGAAGGAAAUGCGUUGAAGCAUUUUUAUAUGUUUUGAUUUAGUACCUUUUGCCUUUUUCAUCUAAAACUUUUAAUCAUUCACUUAAACAUUUGCAUUUUGGUCUUACAUUUUCACUGUGAUAAACAAGGAUACUUGAAACAAUUUUUGUAAAAUUCUUGUGGAAGUCAGUGUUUAACUGGUAAUAUGUCAAUUGUUAAUAGGAGAAAACACUAAACUUUUCCUAAUAAGCAUCUAAUUUUACAGGAGCAACAUUUUAAAUACUAAAGUGGCAGCCAGCACACAGCUACUUUGCUCCAGCUUCUUACUGCUCAAUGUUUUUACAUUUUUGCAGUUUCAUAGGUUCUUAAUGUGUCUCAUGAUUUAGACAAAUGUAUUGUAGAUUCCCCCAUAUGUAUCUUUAAAAAAUAAUGUAAGCAAUACCUUGCACUCAACUUAUUAGGCUACUUUUGGGGGCCAACCUUUUAGCCCUUUACAAAUGAGGUACAGUUGUCAGAAAGGUUUUAUGUAAUGUAAGUCUUUGUAAUUGGAAUCCUGGUGUAGUAGCCUGAGAGAGAACCAUAUAAUAUGGAGCCUUGCACUGAGGCUUAGUGUAUAGGACUUAUUUAUUCGCACUUGUUGAAAAUACUUUACUAAAAGAAAGAAACCUGUUCUUUCAUUGAGACAUUGUUCAGUAUUUGUAUAUUGAUCUGUGAAUUCAGCUCCUAUGCUAGUUAGCCGGUUCUUAUUUUACUUUUGGGAAUAUUUGUGAGUGCUCAGCUGUUGUGUUUUAUGAAAUGUGAUGUAAUGGGGUUUUUGUGCUAUUUGUUACAUUGUGUUUUAAACUGCAUUCUUCACUGAAUAGCUUGUGAAAUUGAAAACUUGUCAGAUGCUAAAAAUCAGUGUCUAUACCUUUUGUUUCAUAACAGGCUUUUUUGUGUUUAGUGAUAAAAUAAUUCUUCCUUUAGUAGGCUCUUUGGAAUAAUUCACAUUAUUUCCAAGGUCAUGGUCAUUUAUCUUUUCAAGACUUGCUAAUGUAAAUUCUGCUUAAUGAGUAUAAAAUGAAAAUACAGAUUGUCAGUAAGACAAGCUAUUCUUGUGACCAUAUUUUAUGUUCUGCUACUUGUUGUAUAUAGCCACAUUCAUCAUUACAUAUCAGCAUAGGUGCCUAAAUUACAGUCAUCUACCCACUUAAUUUAUUUUCCAUAUAGUGACAGGCACCUGACUUCUGAAUUUUUUUUUCCACACCAAAGCAUAAGGUACAAUGCCAACAAGAAGGCAACUCACUAGAAAACUCAAAAGAGGCUGAUACAGUAUAAAACAAUACUGUACUUUUUGGUCUUUUAAAGACUUCCCAUGUGUGUAAGAAAACAGGGUUUGGUUUGUUUUAAAUAGUUACUUUAUACAGAGAAAUGGCAAGUCUCAGCAAAGUUAUAUUAUAGAAGAUUAAAACCUCUGAGGUAUUUUUUUAAAGAUUCCAAUAUAUUUUGUAAAUGUUAUACAAAAUUUUGCAUAGCCUUGGUCUUGUCCCUGACUCUUGGUACUGAGAUUUCAGUCCUUCAGGCAAGUCUGAAAUCCUCAAAGAUUUUUAUCACUGCUUUAUUUAUCACUUUUCAUUUAGUUAAGCUUUGUAGGAUGUAUUUGGUUCGUGUUUUUUGUUAAAUUUAAUUGAUUUUAUAAAUAUGGCACCAACCUGCCACUUCCAUUUUCCAUUCUCAGGAGCCUAGUUCCAUGACACAGAUGUUUAGGAGAUGCCUGGAGGGGAAUAGUCUUGUGCUGUAGUUAGCAGCAACAAAUAGUAAAUUCAUUGCUUGAAUAUUUUAAUGAACCAGUCUUGGUACUAUAGGUUUAUAUGUCUGCAAUUAAAACUACUAGUUUCCUUUGUUGUAUGUUCUGUAACAGGAGACCAACAUAUAUGCUAUCUAGACAGAUACUAUACUCUCUAUUAUGAGGUUUAAAUUGUUAUAAUUCCUGAAUUGUAAUGCUCUAAGUGGAUUGGGCUAGUACCUCAAGAGUAAGUGAAAUGGAAAGAUAUUCACAAACACUAGAUGCUUUGAAGAGAUGAUCCUGCCCUGAAUGUGGGUUGGACUAGAUGACCUCCUGAGAUCCCUUCCAGCCCUAUUUUGUACGAUUUCCUUUCUAUACCAAAAUGUAAGCUUUACUGGCUCUGUUGCUUUUGUUAUAUUUCAUUUUGUUAAUGAAACCAUGUCAAGUUUUCACACCAAGAAAACUACUGUACCGUUUUCAUCAUUGUUGUAGUGGUAAUACUGUUGAAAGGGCUUAUCCAGUCAGCAUGGUACUCUAGUAGUUGUAUGUAUAGUGUGUGUUCAGUAGUGCAGAAAAUGUGAAAUCUGUCACUCUGGAGAUAGCACAAUUACCACUAGAUCCCUGCCUCUUAAAUGUAAAAGUGAACAAGAAAUAUGAUUCAGGGACUCCCUCAGAUAAACGUUUGUCUGCCAGGAUGCAUGUGUAUUAAACCCAGUGUAGGGAUAAUUUGGGUCUCCGAUCUUAAUUUUGUAAGAAAACCUAAUUCCUUUUGAUAAUCCAAAAGAUUUCUUAAACAAAUAAAAGUAUGCUGUCUUUAUUCAGGGCCAGUUCAGAUGUCUAAACUCAUGUAGUUUCAAUUUAAAACAGCUGUUAAGAAAAUGUGAGAUUUCUUUUCCCCCUUUAAAAUAAGAAAAUAUAGGUUUGCAUCAAACAUAGAAGCUUAGAAAGGCUGAACAUCUCUUACACUUAAAAAAAAUAUUUUUUGAAAGAACUUAAGCCAUUUUUAUAGUUUUUAAGAAUUUCCAACUUAUUUACAGACAAGUGACUUUGCAGUAAUACAGUAUUGGUAGAAAGUAUGGUCGGCUAGAAGAUGUUUCCACAAGUUAGAUUUUACUGCAUAAUAUACAAAUAAUGAAAAAGUUCUAUGAAUGCCCUCUCUUUCAGUUAAAAAUACUCAAGAUGUACAGUACUGUUAUGCUUAUAAUAUUGGGGAUUUUUAGGUAAAUAUAGGAUUUCUUAUUGUCUAGGAUUUCCUUUUAUUUGGCGCAUCUUGCUGAGUCCUGAACACUCAGUUUUUGCAGAUGCUGAAAAGUAAAUUUUAAUGCUGAUUCACCAUAAGAAAAUAAUAGAUGGUUAGGCAUGAAAUGGAAGUACUGCUAAAUUUUUAAGGUACCUGGUGUUUAUUACAAGAUAAAUAUAGUUUUUAAAAAGAUGUAAAAAAUCAAAUGGAUAUCUAUGCAUAUGUAUGUAUGUAGGUGAUAAAACAGAAAAUGUUUGUGUACACAGUCAUGUUAUUGAUGUACCAAGGUUAAUCCAGAAAUAUUUCUGCAAGGUGAGAUAUAGUAAAACUAGCCCAUGUUUCUAACUGAAUUGUGACAAGUAAUAAAAUAUUUUUUUAAGCAUACAGAUAUUCCACCCUAAAAAUUCUUUGUUCAUCUAUAACUUGCACCUGUAUUAAGAAGUGCACGAGAUGCUGUAAAAUUCUUUGCAUAUGUAGAGAGACUUGUAAAGGAAAUAUUGGCUUCCUCCAUGAAUGAAAGCUUUUAUUUAAUGCAGUCAGAAUGGCAAGAAUGAGAACUUAUUUCAUGGAUGAACUAAUUUAAACACAUUUCAAUGUAAAUACUUUGUGUGCACUUAUAUAUACACAAGUGGUUAUUUCAUAGCGGCACUAUUUUCUAAAAGUUAUGUUAGUGAGUCAAUCUAAGAUUCAAAAUAUUUUGAUAAAGCUCAACGUAGUAAGACCAUAGUAGACCAUGUCAUCCUUUAUGUAUUUUAGCUUUUUAAAAUGGUCAGUAAAUAUAAAAAUUAACUAAAUAAAAAUGAAAUUUUAGCAGUAUCACAAGUGGCCAUAAGUGUGGAAGCUCAGCGGUAUGAGUUUGUGUCCAUCUUCAGUGUUCUCAGAUCGGUAUUGCUGCCUGAACCUUGUGGUGCAAGAAAUUUAUGAAACAGGGUAUCAGCUCAACUUAAACUUUUUGAAUGUUUGUGUUUAUAGACCAGGGGUGGGCAAAAUACGGCCCGCAGGCUGGAUGCGCGGCCUGUGAGGCCAUUCUAUCUGGCCUGCGGGGCCCCUAAAAAAAAUGUAGAAAAUUAAUAUUUCUCUGCUCUUGGUUCCUGUCAAAAAUGACAGGAACCAAGGGCAGUAGGACCCAGGGGAAGCCCGGCAGGCUCCAACAACAGUGGGGCACCCAUUCCCGUCCCCCAGCCUUUCUGGGCUGGGAACACAUGGCUGCCGCAGCGUGAGAACUUCAGGUAAGUGGCGGGGGCGGAGACCCCAGCCAGGGAAGGAACACAGGGGUGGGGAGGGGAAGUGGCCCCUCCCUGCCCCACGCCCAGUGCCCCACGCUGCAGCUGCGUGCCGCUUGCAUGGGACAGCCUGUGCCCACUCCGGACAGCCCCAUGUGGGCUACAAGCGCCUGCAGCGUGGGGCACUGGCUGUGGGGUGGGGGAGGGGCUGCUUCCCCCUGCACUCAGCUUUUCCAUAGGCUCCUUCCCUGCACAGAGAAAAGCAGCCCCUCGCCCGCCCCAUGGCCAGUGCCCCGUGCUGCAGGUGCUCGCAGCCCAUGUGGGGCUGUCCCGAGCAGGCACAGGCAGCUCCAGGCAAUCUGCGAGUGGCUGCAGCGCUGGGUGCUAUGCACAGGCCUGGGAGGAGCUGCUUUCCCCACCCCACUGCGCUCAUCACCACCUUGUAACCCGGUCCCACUGCCAGGCUGACAGUGGGAUGGGUUACAAGCUGGUGCUGAGCAUGGGGAAAAGCAGCCUCUCGCCCAUCCCAUGGCCAGCCAUGGGGCGGGCGAGUGGCCACUUUUUCCCCGUGCUCAGCACCAGUUUCUUCCCUGCUGGUGAGCAUGGAGUCGGGGCAGUGUGCUGCCCCCCGCCUGUACUGCGGGGUUGGGGGGCACUGGGUGUGAGCGGGCAGGAAGCCAAUGGGAGCACAGGGCCCUCACUGGUGUCCCGGGGCCAGUGCCGGCAGGGCCCAGAGCAGGGUGGCAGGAGUGCGGGGUCCCAGCCGGCAGGUGCUCUGUGGAGCUGGGCCAGCUCCCCCCUCUCUGCUGGUGCAGCCCAGCCCAGCUCCACGGACCCCUGCCAGCCUGCACCCCGCUCUGGGCCCCACUGGUGCUGGCCCUGGGACAUUGGUCCCAAGAUGGUGAUGAGGGGGCGGGGCACCUGUCAAGGGGCGGAGCUACCCAUGUGGCCCUCGACAGCUUGCUAAAACUGGGUAAGCGACCCUACUCUGAAAAUAAUUGCCCACCCCUGUUAUAGACACUUCUAAGUUUUACAGGUUUAAAAUGUGAUGUAUUCCCUGCCCCAGUAUUUAUUCCCUGUACAUAUUGGCUAUAACUCAGCACUCAGCUUUUGAUGGACUUCCAAGGUGGUGAUGCAGACAAUAGAAAAAUGUUUUUAAUAUCUGGAAAGUUCCAGAUUAGGUGCCCUUUAAAACUUAAUUUGCAUCCUACUGAGUCCUUACUUUAAAGGUGGCAAAGGUGACAUCUGGAAAUUGGGAGGCACAGGUUUCUUACCUAGUCCAAUCCUUGACCAGCUCUAAGAACUUAGCCAAGUCCCUCUUUGUACCUGUUUCCUCUCUGUCCUUUGCCUGCUUCACUUUUAUUUUGGUUGUAAGCUCUUUGGCUAGAGACAGACAUUCAAAAAGCCUGAGCCUGAAUUGAUUCAGUCUUUGCAGAUUAGUCUAACGUGACUAGGCUGAACUGGUUUGAAACUGAACAGACAUUCUCUCUUCACUGAGGAAAUUCAGGCACAUACCUGCAGUAGCUCAGGUUUGAAGCCAGGGGGUGCUAGAACAGCCCUCCUUUUCCUUCCCUUCGGGAGCUGAGCUGGGGUGUGGGGCAGGCCCUGGCCAGCCCCCACACUGGCCAGGCCCCAGCAGGACUCUCUCAUUUGGGAGGUCUGCCUGCACGGUCCCAGGCUCUUCUCCACUGGCUGCUCGAGGGGUGGGAGCAUUGCCAGCCCCUAACCCCCGGCUAGCACUCGAGGCAAGGGUGUAUGUGCAGUGCAUGCAUCUGUUGAAAAGCUCUGUAUCAUCAAUCUCCCUCCCUGCUUCAUCAUAUUGUCUGCAGCAAACUGACAGGCGAGCAAGCUGGCAAGCGCGGGGAGGGGGUCCAAUAACAGUCUUUAUCACCUGAUUAGCAAAACAAUAGGCUCUCUCCACAUUACUUCAAACUUAUUAAAUAGCUUACCGGCUGACCUGUUGAUUAGCUCCAAAAGCCCAAAGCAGUCACUGUUUUGUCUACCUAGCCCAGUGAAAUUAGAGAGAGACACGCACAUACACCUUUCGGCAUUAGCUAGCAUACCACAUGCUGGCUAUAGUCCCUGCUGUGGCAGAGAGGAGGAAGGGAUCCCUGCUUAAGCAGCAAAUGGUGCAGGGGAGGGAAGUGAGGGGCAUGGGGAAGCCAGCAGACCCUUCUGUGCCUGCAAAUCUAUGCUGAAUUCCAGCCAGGGAGCAGAGGGGAGGAGCCAGCCCUGCCCAAAGAGCAUGCUGGGAUGCUGGAGGACUCUGAUUUAAUUAAAACCGGCAAGAGGUCUGUGACAGACAUUGCAUAAACCAGUUUGACCCAAUUCAGUUAAGUCUGAUACUACAUUCAACCAGGUUUAUCUCAAACCGGUUUUAGCCAUUUUCAAACUGGUUUAUGUGCACUGAACAUCUGUUCUGUUACAGGUUUAAACCAGUUUCUGAUCACUUGAACCGGUUUAUGUGUAAUGUCUGUCCCUUGCCUUUACGACAGACUUUCUCAUUGUGUCUAUAAAGUGCCUACUCUGAUAUAGCCCCAAUCUCCACUAGUAUGUGUAGGCACUAAUGUAAUAGAAAAAAUAAGUACUAUGAGCCAGAUGUAUGGUACAUACAUCCUUCCCCUGCUACUGUGCACUCCCACCAGCAUCCAAAAAUCCACUGAUUGAACAUGUAAAUGCAUGGUUCCUACUAGGCUUCUUGAAAUAAGCUUCAUUGUUUUGAAGUUACCAUCAUAUUCAAUUCAUUCAUAUCCUACAGAGAUUAAGAAACAUUUUUAUUUUAAACUCAGUAUCUAAAAUAUUGGGUAAUAUUCCUUUUAAAAGGGAAUGCUCUGUGAGAGAUCAGGUAUUCACAUCAACCAAAGAGGGAUACAAAACUCUUCAGUAUAUUGGGCCUCUUGCCUUAAUUGCUGUCCCUGUCGCUGCCAGCCCCUAUGGAAGAAAAUGUUCUGAGGCCAUAAAAGGGCUUGAGUAGUUGGAGGCACUUCCUUUGGCAUUAGCUUUCCUUGAUAGACUACCAGAAAUCAUAAGUGGCAAAAUCAGGAUACGGUACAAUUUUUCUUUAGUUUGUGUCUGUUUGUUUUUUUUAUGUAGCAGUCUUUCUGUUUGCAUUUCUUUCUCGCUUAUUGGUAUGAACUGUUUGGGAUUAACAUUUUGUCUCUAAGGUAUUGAAGCUUGUCGAUAAGAGGAUAGUGGGAAAACAAAUAUUUUUAUUUAAGGGUAAUUUAAACUAUUUUUGUUUCUAAUAGUUACCAUGAUAAGAGCUAUAAAAAUAAUAAAAAAUAUUUUGAAAAUACUUGUCAAAUAACCAUUUUUCACAGACGCACUGCUGACUUCCUCAAAUAUACUGAGCGAUCCCUAAAAAGUGUAUAAUUUUCUAAACUGAAAAACAAUGUACUAGAAAUAACCUACAUACAAGUUAAUAACUGCUGUUGGAGUUUUCUUUGUUGAACAAUGAUAGGGUAGGAUUCCUUAUACUGGUGCACCUGCUGAGUGCCAGUCUCCUGCUAUGAACUUGUAUAUCAUUUAUUAAUACUUUUAUUGAAGCUGUAGUUUACCAGUACACCUUUUAAAGAAAUGCAAAGCAUCUUGGCCAAGGCAUCAUGUACAAUCAGUACCACUGUUGAGUAAUUUACUGUUAACAGGUAAAUUUAUUUUUACAGUGGACUUGGACUAUAAUUAUAUUCUGUGGGCUAAAUUCUACUUGAAAGUGAUUGUAAAUCACGUUUUCAGUAUUUUUAAUUUUGUCAAACUAUGUGGAUAUAGAUUCUUUUUUGUUUUGCUGCUAAUACAAGAUGUGGUAUGAUCAGAACCCUAACCAAGUCUUAAGCAUGAAAGGGUUAAGUUAGCUAUAGGGAAGCUUCCUCACAGAUAUUUCCCCCCCAUCUGCCCCCCCUCCCCCUUUUUAAUGAGGUUGUAUCCAACACUUCACCAGGCUUCAGGAUGAGUUAACUGGCCACAGUCAUGGCUAACGUAAACACUGCCCCAUAGGUGAGCCAGCAGGCAUUUCUCUAGAAAAUGGGUAAUAAAGUCACUUUGUACUAUUUGUCCUCAAGCAGUACAUGAAGUGGGGGCUGCAAAUAGUAGUGGGGUGGCCAGUUUAAACUGGAUUUUUGUUUCAAAAUACAGUAUAGCGUACUCCAUAUAAUAUGCAAAUCACCUCUGACAUUGACUUUUCUUUCUUUCUUUCUUUCUUUUAAAAAUGCAUGUUGAUUGUUCUUUACUUCCACAAAUGAUCCAUUGCCUAUGUAUAUGUUUUUAUGUAUUUUGGUACAGUAAGGGGACCUACUAAUACUGAAAGGAGUCUGUAGCCUGAGGUUACUUUUUCAGGAACUGGGUUAAGAAAUUCAGUAUUUUGGUCAAGUUACACUGAUUUACAUUGAUAUUAAAUGUGUCACCUUGCAUUGAGAUUUCACUUAUCCUGCUUGUUUUUCACAUGUGUGAUAUUCCUUUUGGAAAUGAAUGUGCAUGCCUUUUCUAUAAACUAAUGAAUUUAAAAACUGGACUUGUGAGUUUUAAACUGCUGUCUUCUCAUGUAUACAGUUCUCAGUAGUGCAAAAAACACUAAAGCGAACCUUUUCUGCCACAUUAACCGAUUGUUGAAUUUAAAUUUUGUAAUGCAAGCCUGUGAAAAUCACUUAGUAAUUAAAUUUUUACCUAAGAAACUCAGUACUAUAGAAGAUGCCCAAUGGUUGGGAACUGCUGGCAUUACAGCUUUACAUAUAUAAAAUCAGUUCAUAUGUAGGACUACAUUUUAAUCAUAUUUUGUUUAAGGGGCCCCCAUUAUCCUAUUGUCUUUUUCACAAGUAACUUUUUCAUGUUCUGUAUAGUCCAGCAUUAAUAUGUUAAUGUACAAAUCUGUGAAAUUGUUAAUUCCUAACAAACUAUUUUUGUAUAUAAUAAAGAUUUAAUAUUGGGAAAAAUGUAAA